UGCACCUUAUGUUUAAGGAAUCGAAACAUAUUAAAUCAAUUCCAAAUGAUAAAGUGUAGAAAAGUGAUAUAUUAUGUGUACGAAUCAUAUAAAUUUUAGUGUUGAGCGUUUGUUAUCUGAUAUAUCUAGCCAUUCACAACAGUUGAGAUUAUUGACCGAAUGUGGUGAUUGUGGUUUAAAAGAAUUGAGUGACUCUAACGAAGCAAAUUUAAAAAGUCGUGGCAUUAAUUCUUAUACAACACCACCCUCAAAUUUUGAGCAAACUAAUGCUGUACAAUGUGAGAAUUCGGAUACAGUACAAAUCAAACGACCAUUACCGAUGAGGGUGAAACCAUUAAGCAUAGGAAUGAAAUCUGAUACACCAUUCGAAGUAACUUCCUAUAAGGGUGGUUUCCAUGGAUCUCAUCAGCAUGCAGUUACUGAAGUGACAAGUGAUGCAAGCUUCAGCGUUUAUCAUGAUUGUCUUGUGAAUAGCGUACAUCUCCAGUCUAAAUCGUGUAGAUUCGGUGAAACCGAUAGCAGCAAGAAAGGGAAACGAUCCUGGUCCCGAGCAGUAUUCAGUAACCUUCAGAAAAAGGGACUCGAGAAGACGUUCCAGAAACAAAAAUAUAUAACCAAUCCAGACAGAAAACGUUUAGCUGCCAAUCUUGGGUUACACGAUUCACAGGUUAAAGUAUGGUUUCAAAAUCGUCGAAUGAAGUGGAGAAAAACCAUCAAACCUACUAGUAAACACCUAUCGUCAGAUGCAGAACAUGAACCCGAUCCACAAAGUGGCGGGGAAUCUUGCAACGAGAAGGAGAGUGAUGAUGACGACGUCAUUAUCGACUAAACACUAAGGAAGAUUUCCAUAUUCCAGAUUGAAUUUCUGAAUGUAGUUUAGUUUUCGUUUUUAUAUAAGAAUUAUAA